ACAAUUUAGUUCAGAAAUAAAUAAUUUUCACAGCUUGUUUAAAAUGUUUCUAUUUUGACAUGACAAUUGAAUCGAGAUUUACUCCAAUUUUAACAUAAUUUCCAACCAAAAUUGGUGAUUCUUUUUGUUGAGUAUAAAUCCGGAUCGUUUCAUUGAGUUUAUGAAAAAUGUCUUUGAAAUCAGUGAAAUUAUUGCGUCAAAAUCGGCUGUUUGAACGCUUUCUUCCAAUGCGUUUGUUAUCAACAAAAACACCGAAGGAUUUUACAAGUGGCCCAUUGAAUUCCUCACAAGAAGGAUCGGAUGAUCAAAGUGGAAAAAUGCGUGGAUGGCAAAUUCAUGAAUACGGCGGUGUUGAGAUUCUUCAAUGUAGCAACAAUAUAAAAAUACCAACAAUAACAUCACCAAACGAAGUAUGUGUUGAAGUGCAUACUGCGUCGGUCAAUCCGAUCGAUGUUGCAAUGAUGGGUGGAUAUGGUUCAACUCUAUUAAAUGUGCUACGGUGUAAUAACACCAGCAUUGAAUUUCCGUUGACAUUGGGCAGAGAUUUUUGUGGUGUUAUCACCAGAAAAGGGAUGAAUGUACGAGAAGAUAUUCAAAUAGGAGACAAAGUUUAUGGAUGCGUUCCACCGCAUCGUUCUGGGUGCCAUGCUGAAUAUGUGGUUGUCGAUGAAAGUUGUAUAGCACACAAACCCGAAACGAUAGACGAUAUCGAAGCUGCAGGGGUGCUCUACGCUGGUCUUACUGCAUGGUCCGGUCUGUAUAUAUCGGGCCAUAUUGGCGGAGUGUUGGGUGCAUUGACUUCGCAAGGUGGUGGCCAGGGUAAACGCAUAUGUAUUUUGGGCGCAUCUGGAGGUGUUGGUUCGAUUGCAACACAAAUUGCCAAAGCGGAAAAUUUGAAAAUAACGGCCACAUGCAGCACUGAUUCCAUUCAAAUGGUACGGAAUUUGGGCGCCGACCACGUGAUUGACUACACAUCAGAUGAUGUGAUUGAACAGUUUCGAGAUUUGUCGUUUGAUUUAAUUCUCGACUGUGCUGGACUUGGAACUGAAUAUGCCACAAAAGUACCUUGGAAAUUUGAUCAAUACAUCACAUUUUCGUCUCCAAUGCUUCGAAGCAUAGAUUCGAAUGGAAUAGGGAUGGGAUUCUUCAAAAAUAUUGUACAUUUGCUUGAGAGUAAUAUUCAAAGUAUUUCAAAAUACAGAGGAUUAUCAAAAUGGGCAUAUUUUGUAGCGGCACCACAAGGCAUCGAAUAUUUAUCAAAACAAGUUGAACGAAAUAAAAUUGCACCUAUUGUAGAUAGUGUUUACGACUUUGAUGCAACUAGUGAUGCCUAUCAGCGUGUAGCUAAUGGACAUUUACGCGGCAAAGUCAUUCUCAAAAUUAAAUAGUUGAAUACAUUUUUAUAUUGUAGAAAAGAAUUUAUUUUUUGUAAUCAAGUUCAAUAAUUCAAGAAAUGAAAGUGGUUUCUACUUUUGUACAAC